CUCGCCCUGUCCUUAUGUAUUGAGGUGUGACUGUAAAAAUGUGACUUUAAAAGCCUUAUGAAUUUAUCUUGGUCCGUGCCACUUUUUCUUCACAGUUGGAAGUGUCUAAAAUAAUGCAAUGAAAUCAGGAACAUUUUUUGUUUUAUUUUUUAUUUUGCCUGUUGCAACAGAGGCUGGAUUCUGGGAUAUUUUUGAUAUGUUUAAUAAGGACGAUGAUUUGCUUUCUUUUAAUUCAAAAGAUUUGGAGAACGAUUUAAGGAAGUCUCUAUUUGGGCAACAUAUUGCUGUGGAUACAGUUCUGAAGGCUGUAUCUUGGUUUAUGAGAGAAACAGAUCCACCCAAGGCGCUGGUCCUCUCUAUCCAUGGGCAGACAGGAGUGGGAAAAAAUUACAUCACCAAGAUCAUUGCAAGGAACAUUUAUAAAUUGGGACUAAAGAGCAAUCAUGUUCACACUUUUAUAUCCGGUUAUCACUUUCCACAUGAAGAGAUGGCAGAGAUGUAUGAACUUCAACUCAGGCAGUGGAUUCAUGGAAAUGUAUCAAAUUUUCCCCGCUCCAUGUUCAUCUUUGAUGAAAUGCAUCCACGGCUGAUAGACACUAUAAAACCUUUUCUAGACUACACUGACAAUAUAGAUGGAGUGUCAUUCAACAAAGCAAUCUUCAUUUUUCUCAGUCAUACAGGUGAGCAUAUCAUCGGAAACGUCACUCUGGAUUUCUGGAGAAGAGGCUGUAAUCGGGAAGAAAUACAAAUCCAGAGUGAGGGAAUGGAGACUCAAAUCUUUGAAUACCUCUUCAAUGAUAAGAACAAUGGAUUUUGGCACUCCAGUCUAAUAAAUCAGCAUCUAAUUGAUCAUUACAUUCCUUUCUUGCCUCUGGAGCUGAAGCAUGUACAUCAGUGUGUCAUGGCUGAGAUGGGCCAUCUGAACAUGACUCAAGACUAUGAUCUGGCAUAUAAAGUGGCCAAAGACAUGCCUUUCUUUCCUGAAGAAGAGAAAGUAUUUGCUGUUAAAGGCUGUAAGACUGUCAGACAAAAGAUGGUACUCUAUUUGAAAUUACAGUAGUAAAAAUAGCUGCACUGUUUAUUUACUAUAUUGGUUGUUGAUUUGGAAUUUGAUGAGAAAAUUGAGUGGGACAAAUCGCUCAAUAAUGAGAAAAAACAAACUGUCCAUUAUUAAAAUAUUGACCAAUAUUUGAAAUUCUUGCAUUGAUCUGUUACACUCCAUUACACAGUAUGUGGUAUACAUCAUACCUCAAUACUGUGUAUAUGUGUUUAACAGGGAUGUUUACAGGUACAAGAGUACUCUGACUUGACAGCAAUGAUUCAUCAUUUUUUAAAGUCACUGCAAUCAUUGGUUUCAUGAUCAAUCAUAGCUGUCAAGUCUGAGUACCUGAUGAUAACCUGACUUUAUCUUCAUCUUUCUUAUUAUUUUUUAUUUUUGGUUAUUGCAGCAUUUUAGUUGGUACCUGAGCUCUGACUAGUUAGUGUUAGGAAAGCAUGCCAUCCAGACAAAAUCAAAACCACCAGUACUUGAAAUGAAAAACUGACAUGAAUGUAUAAUCCAGUGAAUACAGCAGGUUAAUGUCUGUACCCCCAUCCUCCACUAUGCCCUUUUUCAUCCCCUAUAGAAACUGCUACUGCUGGUUCAAAGAAUUCCCGCCUUCACAGUCAUUUUGAUGAAUGGAAAGUCCAGUACAUUGUAUAACAACAACAAAAA